AUGGCAAAGAUGAUUCGGCAGUCAGGGGAUGCGAGCGCUGAUUUGGUCAACUCCAGGGGCUACGAGCUCCAAAAGUUACUGCCAUUUUUCCAGAUGGUAGAGGAGCUGCCCUUCUCAAGUAUCAAUGGAAAGAUGCACAAUUCAAGUGUGCCAGGUGGAGGUGACAGUGGAGAGGGCGGUGACGACGGACGAGAGGCUGCGGUACCUCGAGUUCGUGCGGCAGGCGGCGGCGCAAGUGCUGGUGUUGGCGGACGCACCAUACGCAUAUGCCAAGUAGGGCGUGGGUCUGCUCCGCCCGGUGUCGACCACAUUGAGGGCACCGUCAAGGCCGUCGUCGGCCCCGUCUACGACCGCUUCCACGUCGUCACACUCGACCUCCUCAAGUUCAUCAGCCGCAAGUAA